GUUGCAUUGUGGGUACUUUCAAAAAUGGCGGCGCCCUGUUGGAGGUAUGCUUGGAGACCGUUAUGGCAAAUUACCUCAGGACCAGGGAGGUUAAAAGCUGCAGUGCGAUAUGUUUGUUCCAGCGCUCAGAAAGUCAAGACCGCAAGUCCACCGCCGCCCUGGGCUCUACACGGCGCCGUGUGCUUGCAGAGACUUCCGGUCAUCUCUCAGGACCCGAGCCCGGUGGAGGAGAAGUUCAUGGAGCUCAUGCGCCAGAUGGAGCUGGAGAGAAGCCUACUCUCGGACCACGAGCUGCGGCUGUUGGAGGACGCCGAGCGCAUGAGCCGCAAACAGGAUGCCGAUUAUGAUUCGGAUGAUGAAGAGGGCUACGGAGGUCAAGAGAUCGUCACAGCACAGGAUCUGGAGGACACAUGGGAACAGAAACUCAAGCUAUUCCAACCUGCUCUGAGAAUGAAAGCUUCUGACACCACAGAUGUGAGCUCGGCUGAGCGCUGCCUGGGAGACAGCGUGGUGCUGCUGGUGAAGCAGGAUGUUGGCUCUCAGAAGGUUUGGCUUCUGCCUCAGUUGCCGUGGGAGGCGGGAGAGACGCUGAGGCAGACCGCAGAGCGUGCCCUCGCCAGUCUGCCAGGCACAAAAUUGAACGCAACCUUCCUUGGCAAUGCCCCAUGUGGAUUUUACAAAUACAAAUUCCCCGAAAGCAUCCAGACCGAGAACAGAAUAGGAGCCAAGGUGUUUUUCUUCAAAGCCGUGCUCUCUGGUAGCGACAAUCUGCCACUGGAGAAAGACACCUUCGCGUGGGUGAGAAAGGAUGAGCUCCAGGAUUAUCUCAAGCCGGAAUACCUGAAGCAGGUCAAGCGAUUUAUUUUAAAUCUGUGACAUGCUGAGACACUGGACCCCAUGUAGAAAUGUCAUACAUAUUUAUGUAAGACGCUUGCUCUGACUCGGUGUAGUGGGAUUGUCACAAAUCAGAUGCCUCGUCUGCUGAUCAGAAAUAAAAUGUUCAUUUUUUUUGCAGCUCCAUUUUCACGCUAUAAUCAGUUAUGGCUCUGUGACCAAGCCUGACACACCUGACUAAAUAAAUCCAGAUUUCCAGAUGAGUUGAUUAAAUGAAUCAGGUGUGAUGGACAGUGUGUGUUGGAGUGAAGCGGGGGUCUUGAUCUUGAUUGAAUUCUGUUCCAGUUCCAUAACCACAGAUGAAACAGAAGAAUAACUUUUCACAUUAUACAUGUAUAUUAAAGAUAAUAAUCCGGUCUUUUCUAAAGUUCGAAAUAUGUUCGCUUGUAUUUCUUUGUCAUGUAUUGAAAAAUAAAUUGAAUGUCAUCAUUCUUUUAUAGUAAAAAGCCACAUGAAGUUGACUCUCAACCUUCAGUUGUUCUGUCCCGUUGACUCAGUCCAUCUUUUUAGAUUUUAUAGUGAUAUGUUUUAUGUCAUUUUUGUGUCACUGAUCAUCAAUAUUAAUAAUACUGAUGGAAAUAGAGCCCCUGUAACCUUUCCAUGCUUGGGCGGUUCUCUUAAUGCCAGGUGUGGAUGGAUGGAAGUCAUGUAAUGCUGACUCAAAUCAAUUAUCUCUUUGAAAUUUCUUUUUGAAAAAAAAAAAUUUCACAUUGUUACUCUCAGCUCAAACCUUAAACAUCAUUUCUGUAAUGCAAAUGUGAAUACUUAAAUGAUUUGUCAUGUUAAACAUGCUGGAUGUCACUGUGGUUGAAUUCUGGAAAACAGUAAAAGAAAAAAAAAACGGA